AUGAAGCGCAGCUACCGAGACAACAAGCCCCGCUUUCACAAGCAUCGGCAAGGCAAGAUGCUCCUGCCGCACAACCACCUUGCUGGGUUGUUCUUUACAGUGAACCCUCGCCAGGAACCGCGCGCGCAGCGGGAGGCGCAGCUGUACCUGUCCACACUCACCUCCGACCUGGAGGCCGCGCAUAAGGCGUUCAUCAAAUGCAGCCACGUCACCCCUGGCACCACAGACCCCGCCGCCGGCCGCUGCAGCAGCGACCAGGUCAAUGCCACCCCUUCCCCGCCGUCCGCCUCGCUGUCGAGCCUCCUCGCAGCAGAGCUAGCCGCCUGCAGCACGCAGGACGCGCACAGGAACAGGUUUAACGCAGCGAAGCGGUCGCGCACGGAGGACGAUGAGGCCGACGACUCGCCAGGUGACGACGAUGCUGACAGCAAGCCAGGCCGCAGCGACAGCCGCCGUGACGCGCCGCAGCGGGGCAGCGAAUGGUUUGCGCCGCUAGAGACUGGCUGCAAAGGGUACCUCUUCCUCAACGUGCCAACUGUGAAUGCCACGGUGACUUGCCCAACGUGCCACGCCGCGCCUGACCUCGCCACAAAGGCGGAAGGCGCCACUGCAGCAGCCAGGGAAAGCGACCCAGUGCCGUCGACAACGGAGGCGGACGCGUUGACGCCACACACGAUUGUUGUGAACCCCCUUGUCUCCCGGAUCACGGAACGCAUUUUCGACGACCUCGCCGCCAAUCCCCGGCCGAUCUUCCGCAACUGCUUUCGAUUGAUGCCGGUCGAGCUGACUUGCUGCCCCACACUCCCAGAGAUGCAAACGGCGCUGCGCAAGCUGCUAGCCCUCCACUUCGCAGCGGAGACAGUCGACAGCACCGUUGCGGCAGGUGAACGGGUGGACUUCGCGCUGCACAUUCCGCUGCCCUCCUGGGGCGCCGACCGGCCGCGCCGCACGAUGCACACCAUCGCGCUACAGCUGACUGUCAAGAACAACACGAGCGUCGAGAAGAAGAAGGGCGCCAUUGUGUCCGCGCUUACGGCCGCGAUUCCAGCCAACCGCUUCGUUGUAAUCGCGCAGCCGUCGCAGAAGACGAGGUACACGGUGGAAGCGACCGUCUGCAUUUUCGUGGCGCACGCAACGUGCGCCAUGGGUGUGCAGCGCCGCGCAACCGAGCGGCACGGCUUCAACCUGCACGCCGCUGGCGCGGACGCGUUUGUCUUAACCAGCGCCGUUCAAGUCGCCAAAGAUAAGCAGCGCACCGCCCAGCGCGACUAA